AUGAGAGCCAAGUGGAGAAAGAAGCGCGUUCGACGGCUGAAGCCAAGUAAACAACUCGACCACUCCGUCUCAGCUCUCCCCCCUAUCGCCAACACCAUCACAUGA